ACAAUCAUUCUAUAACCACAAAAACCUCAUCACUACUAUUUAGUGUUGUCAAAUAGUUGACACAACUUGUCAAACACGCCGAUAUUGCAUAAAAAUGGCGUCUGCUGAAGAAGGAAACGUUUUACAGGAAAAUGAAAAUUCGGGACGCCGAACACGUUCUGGAAGACGGUCCUCAACAACAAUACAUACCCAAGCAUCACCUGCUAGAGCCACCAGGCGUACAAGGAAAUCCCAACGGGAACAAGAGGAGUUGAACGAAUUGCCCGGCGAAGAGAGGGGAGACGAUCGACAACAAACCGAAGAUCAAGAACAGCAAUCAAACUUUAUUGCCGAGAUGAUAGCUGAGGCUGCACAGGGUGUUGGAUUAAUUGAUAAUGAACAAGACCGAAGCCAGUCACAGCAACAGCAAGUAGCCACAAAUGUAGAGGAGGAAACAAAUUAUGUUUCUGGGGAAGAAAAUGCUAUUAUUUUGUCCGAUGCUAAUCUAGAUGAAAAAUCUUCUUCGUUUCCAUUCGGACCUGAAGGUGGCCAUUCAGAAACUUCGGAAGAUUUGGCUGACAAUCAAGAAAAUGAUAAAGUCAAUACUGAUGAAAAUCAACAGAAUGCGCAGGAAAACUCUCUACUUGCUUCCUUAGCAGGAGACAAUGCCAACAGUUUGCCUUCGGUUGGCGGCGGUGAUUCUGAAAAAGAAAACUUUGAAGCAAAGGUUCUUAAUCACAAUGAUGUCAUAGACAAUUGUGAAAAAAUGGAUUCAGAAGAUUCCUUGUCAGAGCCUGCCAUUGUAAGUGACAUUCCCAUGUCCGGUGGUGAUAUAAGUGAUGCUACCAUACAAAACACGGAAAUAAUUUCGGAAGACGAACUUCCCCUGCCCACCAAACCGGAAAUUAAUGACGCCGAAGAAGUGUCAGAUGAAGAAUUACCAGCGCCACAACGUGCUGAGCUACCGCCUGACGCUGAAGUUAUAUCCGAGGAUGAAUUACCAGCGGCCGCUGAAAAACGUAGUCCCUCGCCCAAUGAAAGUUCAGCUAAAAAACGAAAGGUCCAGGAUGGAUCUGGUAAAGAAGAAGUUGAUUCGGCAUCAACUAAGAAAGAUGAAGAAUACAAUCCCAUGAGCCCAACUAGUGAAAGUAACGACUCGCCAGGUCCCACUGAAAAGAAGGCUAAAAUUGAGGGUGAAACAGAGACCAGGGACAAAGAUAGACACAGAGAAAAGGAACGCGAAAAAGACAAGGAACGAAGUAGUUCUGGCAGCAGCAAGGAUAAAGAGAAAGAUAAGGAACGUGAAACUGAUAAAGAAAAAGAACGGAAGAAACUACCAGAUUUGGAUAAAUAUUGGCGUGCCGUCAAAACCGAUCCUGCCGAUUUUACUGGUUGGACAUAUUUACUUCAAUAUGUAGACAAUGAGUCUGACGCUGAAGCAGCCAGAGAGGCUUAUGAUGCAUUUUUGUCACAUUAUCCCUAUUGCUAUGGUUACUGGCGUAAAUAUGCCGACUAUGAGAAACGCAAGGGUAUCAAGGCGAACUGCAAUGCGGUAUUUGAACGUGGUUUGGAGGCAAUACCUUUGUCGGUGGACUUGUGGAUACAUUAUUUAUCACAUGUUAAGAGCACACAAUCCGAUGAUGAAGCCUACAUACGAUCGCAGUUUGAACGGGCGAUACAAGCCUGUGGCUUGGAGUUUCGUUCAGACAAACUUUGGGAUGCCUAUUUGAAAUGGGAGAGUGAAGCCAAAAGGUAUAAACACAUGGUUGGCAUAUAUGACCGUUUGCUGGCCAUACCCACGCAGGGUUAUAGCGGUCACUUUGACAAUUUUCAAGAUUUAAUAACUCAACACUCCCUCACAAGCACCAUUAAGCCCGAGGAAAUAAUAAAAAUUCGUGGCGAGUUAAAAGAAUCAUCCUCUUCGUCAAAAUCAUCUUCGUCCAAGUCAAAGUCUCGUCGGGGUAGUUCAAAAGAUAAGGAACAUGAAUCAUCGUCCAGGGAUAGGGACGCAAAGGAUGAGUCAUCGGCCAAAGAUACAGAAACUGGUUCUGCGGAACCAAUGGCUGUCGAUGCUCCCACCGAGACCAGCGAUAUUGAAGAAAAGAAAUCAUCUACUGAAGAUCUCAGCGAUUUGUCUACCCUGACCGAUGAAGAAAUGUCAUCAAUAAAAGAUAAAGUCAUAUCAAUACGACGUAAAUUACACAAAAGCACAGUGGCCGCUGUAACUGCCCGCUGGACCUUCGAAGAAGGCAUCAAAAGACCCUAUUUCCAUGUAAAACCACUGGAAAGAUGCCAACUGAAAAACUGGAAAGACUAUCUCGACUUUGAAAUUGAAAAGGGCGAUCGUAAAAGAAUAUUGGUUCUGUUUGAACGUUGUUUAAUUGCAUGUGCUUUGUACGAUGAAUUCUGGCUGAAGAUGAUACGUUAUUUGGAAACAAUACUACAUGAGCCAGGUAUACCGGCGAUUUUAAGCGAUGUUUUCCGACGGGCAUGUGAAAUACAUCAUCCCGACAAGCCCAGUUUACAUCUAAUGUGGUCUGCCUUCGAAGAAUGCCAGUCGAAUUUCGACAAAGCUGCUGAAAUUCUAGUAAAUUUGGAAAAUAGAGUACCAAAUCUGCUACAGGUGGCCUAUAGGCGCAUUAACAUUGAACGUCGUCGUGGCGAUAAUGAAAAAUGUAAAACAUUGUAUGAACACUAUAUAGCCACAGCAAAGAAUAAGAAUAUUGCCGGUAGUUUGGCCAUCAAAUAUGCACGAUUCUUGAACAAGAUAUGUCACGACUUGGAGGCUGGCCUGAAGGUGUUACGUCAAGCCUUGGAGAAAGAUAAUGCCAACACUCGGGUAGCCUUACAAAUGAUAGAUUUGGCCUUGCAAAGACCCAUUGUGGACGAAGAUGAAGUAGUGCUAAUUAUGGAUAAGUUUAUGGCACGUGAAAAUAUCGAACCAGAACAGAAGGUGCUGUUUGCCCAACGUAAAGUGGAGUUUUUGGAGGAUUUUGGUAGUACGGCAAAAGGUUUGCAGGAAGCCCAAAGAGCUUUACAAUUGGCCUUGAAUAAGGCCAACGAAGCCAAAAAGAAGCGUGACUCAAGUCCCAGUCGAAAAUCAACAGGUCAUAAAGAUGCCUCUGCCACAUCUAGCGCUGCGCAGUCAGGUUAUAACAAUGGUUCCUCGGGAGCAUCGGGUAGUUAUUAUGGUUCUAACAAUUCAGCAGCAUAUUAUGGCCAGCAAAACAGCGGUUCAUAUCCCCAACAAUCAUCGUAUGACAGUUACUAUAACCAUUGGCAGUACAACACCGGUUAUAGCGGUUAUGGCCAAUGGAGUGGCUAUACCAAUUAUUAUUGAAAAUCCAAGUCUAGAUUACGAUAUGAAAUAUACAAAUCAAUAACAAUAACAACAUUAGUAGUUUACUCUAUAUAUACAAUAAUUAUAAAAUAAUUAUGACUUUUUUUGUCUUAUUAUUAGUCGUAAACAAAAACCUCAACAAGAUUAUAUUUGGGGGAUGCAUAAAUGAUGCAUCCCCAUGAAAGAAUUCACAAGCCCUUAAUUUUAUAUAUAUAUUAUUAUAUAUUUCUAUAUAAUUGACACACUUUCAUUUCCUAUAUAUCUAUUAUUACUUCUGUUUCUGCCACAUAAUCUUGUUUAUAAAUAUUAGUCUCGCACCUUCGACGUUAAUUUUUGCUUUAUUUGACACAAUUUAUCUUAUUUUAUAAUCGUAAGUUUUUAUUCGUUGUUCAAAUAUAAAACAAGAGAGAAAAGAAAACCAACAAAAAAAAAAAAAACAAACCAAACUCGCUAUCGGCAUUGAUUUUUAUUCGUUACUUCGUUUUUCGAUUCUUCAUCGUUCGUACUGGAAUAUCAUGCAGAAUAUCUACAAAAUCACAGCAAAGAAUAAAUAAAAAUUUUAGUACAACCAAAA